AUGUUGUUGUCCCUUUUCUCUUUAUCAAUUUGUUUUCCUCUUUUGCAUUCAGAAUGCUAUAAUUACUCAUACCUAACAGAGGCAGAAAGAAGCAUGGGUUACUAUAACCGCUUAAACGGAUAUCUCAAAUGUGAUCGCUUCUUACCGUUUGGAUGGUACCGAUUUGAUGGUGCAGCGGGAACAGAGAUGCCCACGUCAUGUGUAGGACAAUAUCGAUGUGGCACCCAUGCACCGGGUUGGUUGAAUGGCUCGCACCCACGAGUAACUGAUGGAAUUGUCACGGCUAAAGUGUGUUUCCAUUGGGGUUCUGAUUGUUGCUUGUGGUCUGCCAAUAUCCGUGUUCGUAACUGCAGCGGUUUCUACGUGUACGAGCUUGUGCCCCCGCGAGGUUGUCACCUUCGUUAUUGUGGUAAUGGUGGAGGUAAGACAAACAGGCGUAACAUUAAUGUAGAAAAACAACAGACAACAAGACAGACAGUUGCAAGAGACAUACAAAUAUCAGGCAGACAGAUAGUUCAGAGACGAUCAUACGGACAAACAGCAAACAUAUUCAAAUGGACAAACAGGGAAAAACGAAAAACAGACAAAUGAAAGGAGCGACCACAUACUGACACACACAAAAAAGAAAGUAAAGCCGUGACAGAGCUUGGGAUAGAGAUUAGAAUGAGGGUUGUAGAGACAGAACGUAUAACGUGUAACGAACGAGUUUAUAAGAGAUACUCUAUUUGCCUGUAUCUCAAUAGGAGGAAGAAGUAGAACUGUUAUUUCACCGAUAAGUGGUUAGGUUCUAGCCUACAUUAAAGGAGGAAAGCUAGAAAUCCCAGUCAAUGGGAGCACCAGGCGGUCGUGCUACAUGUCAUCUCACCAAUUUUAAUGAACCUUUGCCAGUUUAAAGGUCUACCCAAAACUCAGAAAGAUAAAGUGGCUUCUGUUUGGUUUUUUUCCGGUGGGAAGAUAGACCACCCCCGGCUUUUCUUGGUUUUCGCCAAGGAAAUCGCCUCAAAAUAGGUAAAAUGUUUAAAGCUUUCACUGCGAUGCUAUUUAACCAACUACUCUGAGGGCUUGCACACAUAUUAUUACAUUCUUAGUAAAUGUCCGUAGCAAGUAUCGGUCGACUGGAUUGACGGCUUGUCAAUCAACAGAGGUAAAUAAACGACUGUGUUUGUAGACUUUUCGAUUCAUCCAAAUAUUUGACAACUUUGAGCUUAAAUAUCUCCCCUUGCCAGAAAGCUACAACACUAAUCUUAAUUCCCCUUUAUCAUCGAUCAUUUCAUCUCUGAAAACCAUCAAAAAAAUCUUUGGGCGCUAUUGUAUUUUUGUCUUGGAUGCUUUUUAAAAUCUACGGCUGUGACAAGUUUCUCUCAUCUACACGUGUCACGCAAUUCUGGCUCUGGCCGGUCACUUGAUCGAUAAACCUACAUUUUUAGCUCUUCAUACAUGAUGAUUGAUCAAGAAAGCUAAAAAAAGGGGAAAACUUUCGAGAUUUUUCGUAGGAAUGGAAAAUUUCACGUUUAGAGAGAUGUAUGUAGGCGAAAAAUCGAUUGGGAAAUCGUAGCGUUUCUUUCUUACGUCGUUUAUUACUUUGGUGAUUUGCUAAAAUCAACAAAUAUGGCUUUUGCACAGAACAAAACAUUCAUUAGUUUAUAAUUUGAUAAACCAUCAUCAUUGCUCAUUUUAGGAGAUUUUAAAGUCACACGCUGCGUGUUGGCUGACAUUAUUACAAGUUCCAGUGUGUUACAACUUCGGCUUCUGCAAACGAGAAAUUCUACGCUCUCGCUUGAGAGCAAAUAUCAAUAGCUCUAUCAAACUAAAAACUGUGCCACUAUCCCGAAAAUAAAAUUAAAAUAGUAUUGUCGUUGUCACUUACCGCCAUCGAACAUUUCCAUACAGAACUCCCGAAAUAAAAUCAUUAUUCAUCACUUGGAUGGUUUACUUGGACCCAACAUAUUGACCAGCAGCGGGCCGUAAACCCUUAAAACUGGCAAAGUUUCAUUGAAAUCGAUGAGAUAGCAUGUAGCACGACUGACCGGUGCUCUCAUGGACACACUCUUAAUCCAUCAAUAGCUGAAUAAAAGAGGCUUACAUCUCUCUGAGCAGUUAAAUCAUUGAAUAAAUCUCCCAGAUUGUAGUCGUUUAUGAGAAAACGUAAGUUACAUUUAAAUUAAAGGUACUAUGCUUGUGGUUGACAUAAUGAUGUUGAAUGAAUAUUCAUUUACUUUAUUUUCAGCUCUAAACACAACUAGUAUCGCACCAACACCCUGUGAGUAUCUUUUCUUUUAACAUGAAUUUAGUUUCAGCUAUUCUACUCCGAUUGAUUUUUGUGAUUUCUUGGUAAUCAGGAGGAACUGAAAUGCAUGUGUAGGAUUAAAUCGAAGACGCUCUAUCAUUUCUAAAAUGCUUUAUUCCUACCUGAAAGACUCGUCUCAGAAAAAUUGGGUGAAUGAUCCACAAAGUAUGUUUUGUGUCUUAGCCUAAAAAUGUAACAGGUUUGACAGUCUUUCUCAAUGUAAUUAUGCAUUUUUAUACUUAGUGGUUAUGAACUUCAAUACUUAGCACAGCCAUUCUUAUUUAUUCUUGCUUUUUAAAGCCCACUCUAUUGCCGCUGUCACCCCAGCUACUCCUGGUAAGUGAUGUGUGGUAGAAAUCAAGGCAUACCCUUAUAACAUUUAAAGUGAAGGUGUUAAUUUGGAUGCUGCAUGGUAUGAAUUUCUAUGUAGUUUAAUUGGAGCCAUCUACAUAGCUCUCAGUUCAGAGGUAAACAAUUCCGCUGACUACUAAAUCAAUGUAAAAGAUGGUGUUACUUAGUUAAAGACACAGCAUACUCGGAGAGAAAGAACUCCGAAUUAAUGCUCCGAAUAGGUGUCGAAGUUUGCCAAAUAUCUAAACAACUUUCUCGCCCAAACGUAAUUUCUUUUUAAACCUCCGAUUCGUCACAUAAUGAUCAUGUUUCGAAAAUAUUCUGUAACGAAUGCACCUGUAAAUUAUCAGCAUAUACUAACUUCUCCAUUGAUUUCUAAAAUAUGCCAAAAAAUAACCUAAAUCUAACAGUAAUUUACAGUGAUACAAUACAAGGUAAACGAAAAUUGAACGGAAAAAGGACAACAAGAACGUAAUAACAGGUAGAAUACGUGUUCAAAACGAAAACUCGUGAAUAAACCGACAUGGAGACACUCGUGCAAAAUCAACAAAUUUGGUGUUAAAACAUUUAAUCCUUUAACUCCCAGGUGUGAUUAUUAUAUAACUUCUCCCUAUAAUAUCCAUACACCAUUCAGCAAACAGGUAAUGAGUAUACUCAAACUUAUCAGGAAGAAGUUGUUCUCUUAAUCUUACAUCUAAUUCUGUGUUGCAACCAGAGGAGAGAAUUAACAACCAGAUCUAAUGCUGCGCGGAGACUAGAACUCUAGUAAUAGCUGAAACCGCUGAAAGACGAUGCAAUAAGUAAAAAAAUUUACAAUUAAAAUUUUGAAUUAAUUAGUUAUUGCUGAAAGACUUAACGGCAUACACCAAAUACAGUAACGGACUAAGUGAGUGAGGAUAAAAAUAACAGUAGAAGAACUGUCUAUGCUUGUUUGCAGUGCACGGAAUCCAACCGACACCUGCCUCUGCAAUGACAACGAACUUCUAUGCUGUUUCAAGUGUAAAUGUCCAGCCAGAUCCUUCCCAGUUCCAGUUGCAUUUACCGGCGCAAUGUGAACAAAAUUGUCACAACACGUUAGGAAGUUACACUUGCUCUUGCGUUAGUGGAUACCAACUUGCCGCAGACGGGAAAUCGUGCUUAGGUAAAAUUGAUUCUACCAAAAUAAGUUUUGAGAUAUUUUUUUCCGAUACAUUCUCAUAGUCUCGCUAUGGAUUUUCGUAGAACAGAAAAACAAAAAAGACUCUGUUUUGAACACGUGCGCGAUUGAAAUAGCAGAUCGUUGUGUUUUUGAUGUUCAGCUUAAAUCCCAAUUUAGCGUUUAAUGUGUGCCGGCCGUUUUAAACUUUACAAAGGUUACCGAUCAAUGAGCCCUUUACACCCAUACAUCAGAAUGCAUAUUCUCCAUACUGUUCUACAUACAUUUCUUAGUGUGUUUACAAGGAGAAUUUGUGUGACUUCUUUAGUUGGUGAUCAUUUCCUUUAUUCUUAUUACCUCUGUGAGUGAUUCAGGGGUGAUAUUGUAAGGAACAAAAUUAAAUGCUAUUCAUUCCUAUGAUUAACCAUAUAGACCUCAGAAUGCCCUAAUUGCUCUCCUCGUCUCGUGCGCGCUUUCCGUUCUCCUUAAGUGCCCAUGGUAAGUUUAGCUUACUAUUUGAAUGUUUGAGGUGACUGUGUGUUUCUCUUCAAUUAAUUUUAUAACUUAUUUUUUUCCCUUUUGUGCAGACGUUGAUGAAUGUUCGAUCAGUAAUGGUGGCUGCAGCCAUCAUUGUUACAAUAUCCCUGGAUCAUUUUAUUGCGGCUGUCCGGAAGGAACCAGUAUGGGUGCUAACAAUUUGACUUGUGUUGGUAAGGAAUGCUAAACUAAACUUUCUGCAUAUGACUACUGAGGGAAAAUUCUGCCUUUGUUAAGAAUGGGGAUAAACAACGAUCAACAACGAAAGACGGCUGAUCGUUCCUGUAAUGCAAGUAUAUUUUUUCGGGAAAAAUAAGAUUUUUUUAUCCAAUGCAACAGCGGGCUUGACAAGAUUUCAGCAGCACUAAUAUGUCUCAGGACUUUAUUUUGUUAUCCCUCCUGUCCAAAAGAUACACAUGUGUUCGCCCAUUUGAAAGGAAAGCAGAAAAACAUUGUGGAUGCAUGGUACUUUUUUGUGAAUUAACCAUCUCAAAGUUAUUAUGGAUAACGCACGAGUAGUUGGGACACAUUUGAAUCCUGCUAAAUUUAAGGCUAUUGCUUUUUAAUUUCAUCUUAGAACCUGGUGUCUCUGUUAACUGCAGUGACAUUAUAACGGUUGCCUUAGAAAAGAAGACAUUUCCAUUUUUUGACGUUGCCCGACUACACUUGAGGUACUCCUCGUGUAAAGCCACACAGAAUGACACCCAUCUGCUGAUCAGCACUCCUUUGAAUGGUUGCGGAACACUGUUGAACGAUACUGAAGAUGAUCUUAUCUUCUGGAAUGAAAUCCGAACAUCGGUGGUCGUUAUCGACAAUGUCAUAACUAGAUCACAUGACGUCAAAAUUCCAUUUUAUUGUAGUUAUUCGAGAAGAAAAUGGGUCAACCUGGGUUUCAAGCCUCAGCAUCUACACUUUGGAACAGAAGGUAAAUGAAACUUUCCAGCUCUUGUUCUGAUCACUCCAAAUCAGCAACAUGCAUUUUCAGCUUAGGUACUUUCCUCCUCAGGAAGAUGCCAUCCUUUUAUGUCUACAGUGGAAUGAAGAUUUGUUUCAAUUUAUCACGUUUACGUGCUAAAUGACUUUAUCUUUUUCCGCUUUCCAGCUGGAUAUGGAAACUUUACCUUUAAAAUUGACUUUUACAAGAGUUCGUCAUUUGCCACACCCUAUACUGAGCAGGACUACCCCCUGAGUGUGGCUGUCAAUCAGUACUUGUAUGUGAAAUACAGUGUAGAAUCCAGUGCUGAUCUGGUGAUAAUGGCCGUGACAUGUAGGGCCACUAAAACUGGAAGCUUGUACUCCUGGCCACAAUACUCUAUUAUACUGAACGGGUAUGUAUGUUACUCGAACAUAUUACUAUUUCAUAUCACCUAGAUUUCUUUCUAUAUAUAUGACAUCUAUAUGCUUUAAAGUUUUGUAGUCCCCUGUGCUGCGAAUGCUUAAUUCUUGAUGCAAAGUAUGGAGGCGGUCGGCGUUACUAAAGGACAACUUCGAACGUUUUACUGAUUCUAAGGAGUAAUGAACGGAUGGACUUGGACCAUAUAGGCCAUCAUCACAUCACGUUUCUGGGGAAAGGCGUUAUAUCACAAAAACGAAAUCCUUUUCACAUUUCCUUACCAAAUAUUCCAGCUUUUGAAAGCUAUAAUUACCCAGAAUAUUCUUAAGGAAGUUUUCUAGUGGCAGCGUGAAUUAGAAAGAAACAGACUGAAGUGACAAUGAGCAAAAUGUUCUACAUGCGCGCAUGAAUUUCAACUUAUUUCUUACUUUCACUACCAACAGAUGUCCGCAAGAUACCAGCAUGGAAUACAACUUUGAUCCCCAAAGGAAUUACCAGCAGUUUAAAAUCAGAGCAUUCAGAUUCUUUAAGGACUACGAUCAGGUGUACAUUCACUGCGAAGUUUUGGCCUGUCAUAAAUACUCUCCAAACUCCAGGUGAGUUAACUAACUCGUACAGAAACACUGUAGGCAAGGUGAUGCCGAAUAAACAUCUAUCACUGACGAAUAUCACAGCCACGAUUGAGAAAUUUGAGUGCAAUAUGAUUUCAUCACUCACAAUAUAACAAAGGCGUUCGAAGCUCAUUCAAAUCUUCCUCAACAACUUUGACAGGUGCACCCGAAGUUGUUUGGGAAGUAAGAAUAGAAAGCGGAGGGAUGUUACCCGUGACGAAACAGAACAUGAAGAGAGUACUACCAAAGUCACUCUGACACGAGGACCACUAAUAUUUCAACAGGACGAAGAACCAGGAGGCAAGUUCACAUAUAAUGUGAAAAAUAAGGGAUUGAAAUAGAUAAAGUUUUCUCAAAUACUGCAGAGCUUGUGUAAGACAUGCCAACAACGCCGGCUGUCUUGCCUAAAUUUCAAAUUGGGUAGUUUGUCACUGGUUCAAAAAUGAUAAUGAUGAUGAGGAAAACUUUCAAAACACAGCUUAAAAAAAGAAAGUUAGGUCCUAAUAUGUAACUCGCAUUUUCAUUUUUUCUAUUGUCAAAAAUAAAAAUAUGAGUAUUAAAGGACUAGGAAAUAGGUAAACUAAGGCGAUUUUAAAUCAAGUUAACAGUUGAUUUUAGUUUCUUGCUUAUAAAUAUUAAGUUAUUUUCUUCUCUCUUUUCCACAACUAAUUUCAUUAACAGAAAUAAGGCAAAUUAGACUGAGCUAUUCGUUUAAUUUCAAAUGUUUCUCUUUCUUCGGUCCUCGCUUGAGCUUUGAUUCCUCCCCUGCAUUCAAAUUUCAGACACAGGUCAAAACAAGCAAACUGCGCUGAUUGGUGGCGUAGCAGGCGCUGGAGGAUUUGCUCUAGUUGCAGUUGCUGCAUUGGCUGUUUUAUUUGUCAAGUACCGCAUGGCACGACGGUUCAUGAACAGAAACAAGGUUGGAGACCAGUACGCAACCCAAGAUGAACAACUAAGCAGAAGAAAUGCUUACGUUCAGCCUGAAGACAUGGUCGAACAAGAAGACUCCUUCUAA